UUGGUGUAUAUUAAGGUAAGAGGCGUUUACGAGAAGACGUUGCAAGACGAAUCAGCUACUUGGGAAAUAAUAAAAGAACAGCAAGACAAACUACUUAGCACACUGAGUGAUGCUGAAAAGAAGGAAUUUACGGACUUAGUGGAACGUUUUACGGCAAAAGCGGAGGAGGACAGGGUGCUUCAUGGUCAUCGUUAUGUCAACAAAAUGUUCUCAUUCACGUUUGGAGAGAUAUUACCCCGCUACACUCUUUCCGAGAUACCUCCUCCUUGA